AAACCGGCUUGUUUUGUAGGUUAUUCCGAAGCGAACUAAUGAACAUUUGAAAUUCGCUACAGCAUUCUGCGAAAUAGUUUAGUAAUUUUGAAUAAUGGCAAAUUUUAAUUUCCAAACAAUUGCGCAGGAGUUGAAUGAGGUCCAGGAAGAGGGGCUUUCAUUUGAGGAUAAACAGUUAACGUGGGAUACGGCAGAUGAUGUUGCUGAUAUUGUUAAGGCUUUGGAAACAACAAAGAUUGUACACUACCUUAAAUUAGGUGGUAAUACAUUAGGUAUAGACGCAGCAGCUGCCAUCGGUAGUGGGCUUGAAAAGCAUCCCGAGUUUCGUAAAGCGCUAUGGUAUAAUAUGUUUUCACGACGCCUAAAGACGGAGACACCAAUUUCCUUGAAGCACUUGGGAAAGGGUUUAAUGGUUGCUGGAGCAAAACUAACAGUUUUGGAUUUGAGUGAUAAUGCCCUUGGCCCCAAUGGCAUGGCUGGACUUGAGGACUUGUUGCGUUCACCGGUUGUCUACUCACUAAAAGUGUUGCGUCUAAACAAUUGCGGAUUGGGUAUUGGCGGCGGACAAAUGCUUUCAAAAGCCAUAUUGGAUUGCCAUAAGAGCAGUGUUGCUGCCGGCACACCACUUCAAUUGAAAAUUUUUAUUGCUGGUCGCAAUCGGUUAGAAAACGAUGGCGCUAAAGCUAUUGCGAAAAUAUUCUCAGCUCUGAAAACACUAGAAGAAAUAGCAAUGCCUCAAAACUCGAUAUAUCAUGUCGGAAUUGCUGCAUUGGCUGCCGGCUUCAAAGAGAAUCCCAAUUUGCGUAUACUGAACUUGAAUGACAAUACUGUGACUGAGAAAGGGGCUGCAUCUUUAGCAGAAGCCUUUGCCUAUACACCUAUGUUGCAAGAAAUCAAUUUUGGCGAUUGCUUGUUAAAAACGCAUGGCGCUUAUCACUUCGCUGAAUCGUUGACUGAAAAUCAUCUUCUGCUAGAGGUCGUAGAUUUGGGCUUCAAUGAAAUUGGCGCUGAUGGAGGAGUUGUGUUAGCCGAAGCGUUACAGAACAAGCCUAAUCUUAAAAGAAUCAAUUUGGACGGAAACCAGUUUGGAUAUGAGGGACGAGAACGUAUAAUAGAAAUUAUUGAGUCAUCUGCUAAUCCAAAUGCAUUGGAGAGUCUUGAAGAAGAUCAAUCUGAGUGUGAGGAUAACGAAGAGGACGGCGCGGAUGAGGAUGACGACGAUGAUGAAGGUGAUGAGGACGAUGAAGAUGACACAACUGAAGAAGUGGAUGAAGAUGAGGAUUAUCAAGAUGAAGACGCUGAUGAAGAAGGCGACGAAGCCUUUAUAACUUCUCCAGCGUUUACUACAAAUCUUCUAAACGCCAAUGAGUCCUUUACUUCUGCUAAAAACGUUCACUUUGACGAUACAAAUACACCAACAAAGCCACUAACAGUGGAAUCAUUUUGUUUGAGUCAAAAACCUUGCAGUAUUCAAGCAUUCGAAUCGUUGCAGGAAGACGAUAAACUAUCUGCGUUUAAAGGCAUAAUUGAGCAAUUCUCAGACGACAAUCGCCUGCUGUUGCAAAUUUUUACUACAUUAAAAUGUGCACAUCUCUCGCAAUCAUCACCAGUUGCUCUGGAAUUGGCCAAAACGCUUUUUAAGGAAACAGUGGAUUACGCGGUACAGACGAAACAAGAGCGUCGUGUCUUAAAUUAUUUACUAAUGCAACUUGGUUUGCUGCGUAGUGAGGAGAAAUUCAGUAGUGCAUACGAUUUAAAAAGUUGUCGUUACGCAUUACGGGAGACUUUGAAGGCUAAUCCACAAUUGGGCAGCGAGCAUAUGCGAAAUGUUUUAAAUGUUUUUUUACAACAAUUGGAUGUUUAAAAUUAGAUGGAGCGCUCGGUUGUUUUAAUUAAAUUUUGCCGCGCAUUUACAUUUUACAGAUAAGUACGCUACCUAAGCAAAUUGGUAUUCAUCAUACGUUAUUUGCAUAAAACCCUGCUGGCCAAAUAAAAAUUUUAAGAAAAAAUAUGCAACUUACAUCUAAAUGCAAACGACGUUUUAAAAGGUGUUCACAUGAGGCAACUUUUAGUUGAAAGCAACUAUCGUCUGGUGUGAACGGCCUUUCAACUAAUCGCUUCCAGUGAAGUUGGGGGCAGCCAACUUUUGAUUCAACUAAUCGCCCGUAAAGUUGCCUGUAAAAUCGCCUCAUUUAAACACCGUAUUAACGUUUUACCCCUCUAUUCUGAUGGUAGUGGCGUUUGUAUUUUUGCACGAUUGUAGAAAUAAUUUUAAUCCAACAAUCGCAAUUAUUUAUGCGUAAUGAUAACAUGUAAUUGGAUUUAUAUAUUAAACUUUUAUUAAAUUAAA